AUGAAUUUUUCACAAGUCGAAUUUCCGUGUACUCUUCCCUUGAACACUUUUAAAGCUAACCUUAGUGCUAGCGACAUAAUACUUCCCCGGCGACUGCACGACAAGUCGCUGGCAGUCAGUAAUGACCAGCAUAAUAUUGUAGAUAACGACGGCAGGCAACAUCAGCAGCGACCAAAUCAGCCGGAAUCACUGCGUCAUUUGGCACUCGAUGCCAUCAUUGCCAAUUGGAAUGACAAUCCCAUCUUCGAGGAGUUAACACGACAGGAGGAUCGCAACUACAUACUUGCCCACCUGGAUACACAAUUGCCGCUUGAAUUGCUCAGCGAACGCAUACGUGACGAUUUCUUUUGGCGCCGUUGUUGUCAGCAACGUUGGAAGGCACACCACCACUCGAAUUGCCUGUCACAGACGCAGCCAUGGAUUAGCAUUUACAUGCAGCGACAUCUGCAGGAGUUCAUCGAAUGCGUGGAGACGUGCGAUUAUGAACAGGAGCAAACACAGACGAUAUUGGACAUUUGUGCGCCAUAUGUAAAUCAAUUGGAGAUAAAAUGUUUGAAACCGGCGGCCGAUGGACGCAAUGAUCACAUUCCACUUGAUUUCAUAUUGAGCAACCUGCCUGAACUCCAAACGCUACGCUUGAGUUACGCCACCAAGACGGUGGGCAGUAACUUUUGUCUCGGCAGCAAUACACUCUCACAGAAAGACAUAAUAACGUUGUCACGUGGCCUGAGUCAGUGUCAUGAAUUGGUCGUAUUCUGCCUUCAUAGCACCAAACUCGCAUCUUAUCAACUGUCAUUUCUAGCGCGUGCCUUGGACAAAGGUUGCCACAAGUUAACAACACUAUCCAUCACUCACUGCGCAAUGCGUGAUGCUGGGAUUAAAGAAUUUUUAAGUGCUUGUAAUAAGGAAUCAUUUAACACACUUGAGGUACUAGAUUUGACAGAUAACAGAAUUACUUCAGAGGGCGCCUACAUACUCAGUCGUACGAUUAAGGGGCUUUCGCUGCGCAAGCUCAUAUUACGUAUGAAUCCGAUAGAAAGCGAUGGUGUUGCGGCAAUAUUUUCACUUUUACGCGAUUUGCCCAUAGAAACUUUGGAUAUUAGUUGUUGUUCCAUUUCCCCGACAAUAACAAAACUCUUCAUGCAGCUAAUUAUACAAAAUAAAUUCUUAGUCAGCGUCGAUAUAUCAAAUAAUAAUUUGGGCGAGGAAUUUGGUAUGCAGCUCUUUAAAAUUAUUGGUUUCAAUAAAGUCUUGCAUCAUUUGGACUUGCGCAAUACCGGAUUGAAGCUGGAUUUGAGAAAUAAAAUGAGAGAUAUUCUGAAGGGUAACAAAGCGAAAAAUGAGACAUAUUUCAAAGCAAUAUUGGAGAAGUAUUCCAAAAAAGAUAUGAAUUAA